AUGUUCUCGCGAUUAGUUUAUAACACGAAGUUUAAUCUCCCAUAUCGUUUAUCAGCUAGGAGUAGAAAAAAGGAAUUCUUUAGACGGCAUGCUUGUUUUCAUCGAACACCUGUUUAUUUUGUUUACUGCAAUGUAUGCUGUCUGUCUCUUCGUUGCUACUUAGAAACUCGCCGCCUCCUCCGCGCGCUUCGUCUGCUAACCAACGACGCCCACAGCUUCGUGCAGAUUUUGGAAGAACUCAAUGAAAAAAACUACAUGACUCUGGCGAACCUCCUUAGACACCACCACACUUCCACACUCGCUGCGGCAGAUUAUGACGCAUUGAUACAGACUUGGAUGCAGAUUGCCAUAGGAUCCGAGGAGCUCACAGAAAAUUUCCUCAAUCGGAUGCAUAAUUUAGCUGGAGCAAACCGAUCUGCCGAUUACACAAGCGCAUUGCUUUCCAAUUUGAGGAACUAUUUAAAAUCGUAUGUAUCGGGUAUUUUGAAGAGGCAAGAUACAGUGUUGCAAACAGGCUUCGGUUUCGCCAACCAAACCUCAAUCACGAUCGACGAUUUUACUUUGCUUGAGAAACUGCUUGGUUUACACCAGGAAAUUCACACACAUUCAUUCAAGACAAUGAAUGUCUACGUUGAUUUGGUCAAACGCUUGGUAGACAUUAAACCAGAGUCAACAUAA